UCCACCUAGAGCUAAAGUGUAGAAGAACGAUGUCCUAAGUAUGAUGAUAGGAAAAUCAUCGACACGACCAAGCCCCACCGUGAACAUCCCCGCGUGGGAUCCAUCAAACGAUCCGGCAGAUAACUUCCCGGCCGUUUCCUAUAACUGCAAUGCACCGUGUAGUCCUUGUCCCGUUGAUUACUUGGCGGCACUCCACCGUUACCUUCCGUCGAACGAUCUCGAACCCGACGUCUUCUACGACGACUCCGACGUGCCGGUCGUCGAUGCGUUCUCGUGCGACCAUUUCCGUAUGUACGAGUUCAAGGUGAGGAGGUGCGCACGUGCCAGGUCACAUGACUGGACCGACUGUCCGUACGCUCAUCCGGGGGAGAAGGCUCGGAGGAGGGAUCCGAGGAAGUUCCAUUACGCCGGAUCGGCUUGCCCCGAUUUCCGGAAGGGGAGCUGUAAGAUAGGCGACUCGUGUGAGUUCGCUCAUGGCGUUUUCGAGUGUUGGCUCCACCCGACUCGUUACCGGACUCAGCCGUGCAAAGACGGUACUGGUUGUAAACGACGGGUUUGCUUUUUCGCUCACACGCCGGAGCAGCUUCGGGUCUUGCCGAAGCAGAGCUCGAGAGGGAAUGGAUCCGGUUCCGGGUCUUACCGUUUAGACCACGUUUCUUCACCAACUUCCAUUUUGGCUCCACCUCCAUUUUCUCCUCCCUCCAAGUCACCGCCCAUGUCGCCGAGUGACUCAUCGGUAACUGAACUCACGACUUCGAUACGUAAUCUACAGCUAGGUAAGUCGAAAAUGGGAUCCGCAUGUUUCCGGGGCAUUCCUAUGGGAUCAUGUUUCGUUUCUCCAAGGAACUCCAUGCUCCGACUCGGGUCUCCUUCCACACCGACUCGGGGACUCAGUAAUCCGUUGGAGGAGGAACCUGCAAUGGAGCGAGUGGAAUCAGGGAGAGACUUGAGGGCAAGGAUGUACGCUAAGCUGAGCGAGGAUAAUUCUCUCGACCCCCUGGAUCCUACCGGAUCGGGUCCUGAUGUUGGUUGGGUAUCGGAGUUGGUUGGAUAUUGAUGCUGGAUAAUUUGCGUGGUAAAUAGAAAAA